AAGGACAAUACGCAGGCUUCAGUCAACACAAUACACACCUUGUGAGUGAGGGAGGUUUCACUUCCUGGUACAGAGCACAAAUCACCAGAAAGCUGCGUGAAAGCAGAAGGAACCUUUUCCCCUACGACUUUUCACACUUUUUGUCCAACAUGCUGCUGCUGAUGCUGUUGGCUGUGGCUUUGACCUCGUGUGCGGCACAGACGUCGGGCACUGUGGCGCCACCUUCAAAUUCAACAGGGGACAUCUUGGCCAUAAUUGAGACGAGGGUUGAGUCCCAACUGGUGUUAAACGAAAGGGAUGUGGACUCAGUUAUACAUGAGAUCUCUCAACUCAUCCUUGAGAGCGGCUCAAAUGUGACGUUCACCCUAACACCAAAGAAGAUCAUCAAGCUUUAAAAGAUGUUUCUGCAACCGCUUAUUGGUAUAUUAUGUAAUGAAAAUGAAUAAUAAUGGCUUACAUAAGGGGUGCUCAUUAAGUCGAUCGCGAGCUACCGGUCGAUCGCGGAGGUGGUACUGGUCGAUCGCUGGUCGAUCGCAGCGUGACAUUAAAAAAAUAUCAUCCCAGCAUCAAUGCCGUCACUUGAUUGAUAUACAGGGCAGCCAUUCAGAUGACAACUGAAUGUUGCCCUUCGGGCGACCAAUCAAAUCAAACAACGUCUCUAAGUGCAGCAGAACUUACGAUGUCAGCCUAUCAUCCAUCCCCGUUACUUGAUUGACAUACAGGACAACCAAUCAGAUGACAACUGAAUUUUGACCUUUAGGUCACCGCUCAUGCGUAAACAAAGUGCAAAGUGCUAAGCUAGUCGGCGAAUUGCGAGAUUUUAAGCCCUCGCUAAAGUUUAUGGUCACUAAAAUGAGUGAAGGAGCUGGACCAAGUAAAAAGGCAAAAACAUAUCACUUCCAUACGGAUAUGGAAUAUUAUACGGAUAUUGUGAUACGGAUAUUAUCCAUGACUGAUGAACAUUUGGCUGGUUCAAUUCAGUGCAAGUCAUCAAAGUAAACUCAGGACCUGGAAGACUUGCUGUGAUAAAUGGAACCAUGAAUUCGGCUGAAGGAGAAUGUCCACCCAUCUGUUGGUGACCUCGAGCUGACACCAACUUGGGUUCUUCAGCAGGACAAUGAUCCAAAACACACCAGCAAGUCCACCUCUGAAUGGCUGAAGAAAAACCAAAUGAAGACUUUGGAGUGGCCUAGUCAAAGUCCUGACCUGAAUCCUAUUGAGAUGCUGUGGCAUGACCUUGAAAAGGUACUUCAUGCUGGAAAAGCCUCCAAUGUGGCUGAAUGACAACAAUCCUGCAAAGAUGAGUGGGCCAAAAUUCCUCCACAGGAAACGCUUGAUUGCAGUUGUUGCUGCUAAUAACCAGUUAUUUUUCACACAGGGCAAUUAUGCUUGAAAACGCUUGAUAUAAGCAAAAAUAUAUAUGUAAAAUUUGCUUCAAUAUGCAUAUUUUGUUGCUAAUAACAAGCCCUAUUCAAGCACGAACCAGCAUGAAGUAUUAACUUGUAUAUGUUUAUGGAAUAUAUGUAUAUGGAAAAACUGUGAAUUCAAGCGGCUGAAAGAAAGCUGGGAACUCCUACUAUGAAGUAUACACAUGAGAAACAUGCAAUAUUUGCCACAUCCUAAACACAGCAUAUAUUCUUACAGACUAAAAUAUCUGUGUAGUGUGACCAUCUCAAGUUCUUUCCCAUGUUAGCGACCGUGUCAUCCAUUGGUUCUUUAUUCCAAUGUGCCACAUGUACCCCGAGCCGCCCUUUUAAGCCUUCCAAGCAGUCCGAGUGGACAGACCGAUUCCACACUGUGAAGCUCACAGCAGAUUCUAGCGUCCUCCGUCGACCUGUCUCCACGAUGGACCUGAAAUUCCUGUUGACAGCUUCGCUUGUUAUUCUCGGAGCGGCGCUCAGCAUCUCUUUGGCAGAUAAGGCAGCACAGUGCAAAAUCAAGUGGUUGUUUAGCAUCCCGUGUGAUGACGUCUAUGGAAAACUGGUGACCCAGAUCAAGGCCUGGCAGGUCGGACAACACUGCCUGGACGCAGGAGAGACGUGCUCGUAUGAACUUGUGUCAACUGCUCCCUACCUGAUAAACGCCACGCACACCUCUCCCAAGACAAAAACCGUGAACGAACUUCAGUUUCUUCUGGAGCAGUCAACGGUUUGCAGAGUGACAGGAGAUGGAACAUCUCAGCCCUCCAAAGAUCCAGCAGAUAGCCACACCAACUUCUGCAGCCUCCAAAACCUGAUGAACGGAAGCAACCUGAUUGAAGCGGAGGGAUACAAACGCUUCACCAACAAAUGGAUCUGUCCUGGCUUUGAGGACGCCAACUGCACCUUGUCGUAAACCGGAAAAGCUCUGAACUCAUCAUUUUUACUUGCAGUGUAUGUAAGAUGACAAAAGUUUAUGUUGUAUUGUUGUACGUGCAUUGAAACGCAAUCCAUAUGAUGAUUAAAGCGAUAG